UGAUAAUAAUGGCAACAUUAACAUCACAUAAUUACAUGGUUGGACUUUUUAUUUUUAUGGUUAUAUCGUUAGGCUCAGGAUAUGAGUAUUUUUCAAUGGAAUGGUUAGAUAACGGGGAGAAAGGGGAAAAAUCGAACGACACUUUCAAAUAUUACAACACCGGAGUCCGCGUGGGAAUUAUUGAUCCCGAAAAAUACUCCCUGAAAUCAUUCAAACGACAUGAGAAAUACUUCAGAAAUACGCUCAAAACUUACAACAAAUUGAAAGGCGAUGAUCCUCUUACUUACGGAGAGUGGCUCUUAUUAAAUAACUACGGAAUAUUGCGCGACACUCAGAUGUCGAUACUUGAAAAUAAAAAAAAAGCUUUGAGCAAAAGAAACAAUAAAAAAAAUUUUGUUAAAACGGUCAGGAAAGGGGAUAUUUUGCUGACAAAUAAAAAAGGUACAGGUUUGGUUGGGCAUGUAGGAAUGAUGGCUACAAAUAAGUGUGCCAUAGAGAUGCCUGGUGGCAAAGGGUGGGCUUCAGGUAUAAAGGACAAUAACAGGCGCCUAAGUGCAGGCGCUUGGUUUGACGAAUACAGUUCUGCUUACACAAUGGUGUACAGGUGUCUUGGAAAGGGUGUAGCCAAUAAAGCAGGCGACUGGGCUUACCAUAACUACUACAACCCGAAAGGGGGUCGCAAGAAGACUAUACAUACAACUUACCGGAUAACGCCAGAUUUCAGUAAGAAGAAUCCUAGCUAUUGCUCCAAGCUAGUGCUUCAGGCUUUUUACUUCACUGAGAGGCGUGUGGUAAUAGAUCAUGUAAUACGAUAUGGCCCAUUUAUAAUUCCAGCUAAAAUUACGAGUUAUUUCACUCCCCAUUGUGAGAUGUCAUAUGUGGGGAGAUUCUAG